UAGUUAUGUGAAGAGUAUGGUCUAAUAUCUCUAAAUUAUUAAUUUAUUAUAGUAAUUAAAUGUAAUGUUUGGAGGGGGUUAAAACAAGUAAUGUAAUGUUGCGGUUACAGAAGAAGAAGAUGAGAUUUUAGCAUCCGCCUCUUCACCAAUCUAACCUCACUCUUCCUUUCUUUCUUUCUUCCACAUCCCAAAAGUAUUGUUUCUAAUUCAAACACAGACACACUUUCUCUGCUCUCUCCAAUUCCUUCAGAUUCAUUCAGAAGCUUUCUUAGUUAUAGUUUCAAAAGUAGCCUUUUCAUGAAGAGAGAAGAAAUGGCAGAGGAAAUUAAGUACGUUAAGCAUUGUAAGGACCCAAACGGCCUCGAUAAGGUCAUUUUGCGUGAAGUUCGCGGUUUUUCUGCUGAGGUCUACUUGUAUGGAGGUCAAGUCACUUCUUGGAAGAAUGAACAUGGUGAAGAAUUGCUUUUUGUUAGUAGCAAGGCUAUUUUUAAGCCUCCAAAGGCUAUCCGCGGAGGUAUUCAAAUCUGCUUUCCUCAAUUUGGAAGUGGAGCUCUUGAACAACAUGGAUUUGCAAGGAACAUGUUUUGGACAAUUGAUAGCGAUCCCCCUCCUUUCCCAACCAUUACUGCCAACAAGGCUUUUGUGGACUUGAUACUUAAGCACUCUGAAGAAGAAGUAAAGAUCUGGCCUCACAGGUAUGAGUUUCGUUUAAGGAUAACUCUGGGGCCCGGAGGAGAUUUAAUGUUAACCUCUCGCAUCCGUAACACGAACACUGAUGGGAAGGCAUUCACAUUUACAUUUGCAUACCACACCUAUCUUUAUGUUACUGAUAUCAGUGAAGUGCGUGUUGAAGGACUGGAAACACUGGAUUAUUUGGAUAGCUUAAGGGAUCGAGAACGAUUCACCGAACAAGGGGAUGCAAUAACAUUUGAAUCAGAAGUAGAUAAAAUAUAUGUCAGCACACCUACUAAAAUUGCUAUUCUGGACCAUGAAAGAAAAAGAACAUUUGUAUUGCGGAAAGAUGGACUUCCUGAUGCGGUGGUUUGGAAUCCAUGGGAUAAGAAAGCAAAGGCAAUGCCUGAUUUUGGUGAUGACGACUACAAGCAUAUGCUGUGUGUAGAUGCUGCUUGUGUAGAAAAGCCCAUAACUUUGAAACCUGGUGAAGAGUGGAAAGGAAGACAGGAGCUGUCUGUUGUUCCCUCCAGUUACUGCAGUGGACAACUUGAUCCACAAAGAGCACUAAGUGUUUAGUAGAUUGGUUUAUUCUGGUGCAUCUCUUUUACAGGUGCUCUUUUGGCAUUGUGUAUUUGGUGCUGGAGACGAUUCUUGCUGGGAUUUUUUUGGUAGCGAGGCUCAAGAGGAAAAGUAAGGGAUGAUGCCAGGUGUAAAGAGAUUGAUUUGGCUUUUUGUUUUGUAGGAUUAUCAAAAUUAAGGAGAGGAACCAAAGGAAACAUUCAUAUAUAUAUUUUUUUAAAAAAAGAAUUCUGUUUUCAUUUGUUCCUCUUUUAUUCUUACUUCAUAGUGUUUCUUUCCUUUUCUUUUUCUUUUUCUUUGUACUGUUCUCAAUUCUUUUCUCUUGGAGACGAGGAGAAGGGUUUGAACCUUCUGUCCUGCUCUUCACUCUUCAGAAGGUAAUAGUAAUACAAUACAGAUGGAAUGCGGUCAUGGACCUGGUCUAUUGAAGAAA